AUGAGUUCUAAGUAUGCUGAAUCAUAUGCGAGCUCGACAAACAUAAAUGGAUCUAAAGAAAUAACUCAACUUUUCAAUGUAAUGGUUGCGCAACAGUUAUUAACAAAAGAAAAAUCUCGUCCAGUUGAAACUCGUCCAUUUCCAUCAUCAAAUACAUAUCUACUUGCUUCAAAGUGGGUAGCAAACUAUUUGUUUGAAAAUGGAAUGUCUAAAACAUUACAAUCUGCAAAUCACGAAACAAAAGGCUAUAUUAAACAGACAGGAUUACCAAUUCCUAUUGCAAGCGAGCUUAAAUUAAGAUCAGAGAAUGAAAUAUUUCAUCAAUUGGCUACUACAGUCCAGCCAAAGGCCAGACCAGAAAAAUACAAUAGAAGUACAACAAGAGUAGCUAUUGAAGGGCCAGCUGGACGUGCAACAGUCAAAAUUACUAAACGCGGAGCUGAUAUUCGCGAUUCUAAAGAAAACAGAGAAAAAUUUAGAGAUGAGAGACAAAAAGCCCAUCAAAAAUCACGCGAACUACCUCAAGAAGCACUACCUGCGAAGGAAUCUCCAAAACCACAAUCACAGGACCAUCACCAUUAUCAUAAACAUCAUCACCAUCAUCAUCGCAAUGAACAACCAUCAGAAUCCCAACAAACACCAGUACGUAACUCACCACAUCAUACACAUCAUCACCAUUACCAUGAAUCUCCUAAAAAACAAGUAUAUUCACCAAAACAAAGAAAAAUACAAGAUGACGUUUCAACAAUUUCAAAUUCACAAUACGGAGAAGUUAAGAAACGCGAAGUUAAACCAGAAUCUCCAAAGAAAAAUACAAAACAAAUUUCAUUCAAAAAUAGAAUCCAGAAAAUGCUCAUAAAAUCAGCUCUUGCCAUCGAAAGUACCUUUGAAUAUCACCAGCAGUUUACAGACUACGUUCCAGCUUACGCUCCCGUUGAACCUGUUGCAUAUUCACCUCCUCCACCUGAACCUGUACCAGAACCAGCUCCACAAUCAGUAGAACAGCCUCCUCAGGAGACUGCUGAGUCUUCCAAGGAAUCAAGUUCAAUUCCGUCUGUUAAAGAUUCAGAAUCAAGUUCUGCAGCUCCAUCUGUAUCCUCAAAUAGCGAUUCUGGCUCGGCCGCUCCAAUUCCAUCAUCAUCUUCUUCAGAUGAAGAAAAGAAAGAUGAUGAAGAGGAAGAAGAAGAUUUCGAAGAGGAAGAGGAGGAAGAAGACUUUGUAGAAGAGGAGGAUGAAGAACAAUGA